ACGAAAACGUAGGACAAAUGGGACUGUUAGCAGUCCAUACUUAUAUAGUCAAAGGAUCAGACUGUAAUUCCAUUAGGAAGAUAGAUGAGCGAUCACCGGUGUAGUUAUCGUUCUUUUUUUAUUACACUUGUGUCCGUGUCAGAAUUUUCGAUGAUGAAUUUGGCGCGACUCGAUUCUAUCGUACAUUUCGUACAACCUCACCCGAGUCACAACCGAUAUUAUGAUAACAUGGCAUAGCCAAGCGAAAAAUAAGUGGAAGUAUGCUCAGCAACGGGAGAAGUGACAAUCAGAAGAUUGUUCCUAUGUCGUUCUGGCUAUUGGUCAUAUUUGAUAAAUAAAGGAUGGGUUGUAUCAAUAGCAAGGUAGAAGUUAACAAUAUGCACUCAAACAUAUUUGAAGUAAUGUAUAUAGAUGGUAACAUCACUUCUCCUGGACGCUUGGAAGUUACCGAAGUAGAUAUCUCAUUGUAUCAACAAGACAAGCCACCACUCACAUGGCCGCUAAUGUGUUUACGAAGGUAUGGAAUUACCAAACCAGGCGAAAUCUUCACCUUUGAAUCAGGUAGACGUUGCUACACGGGUGCUGGCAUAUUUUCCUUCAAGUGUAAGCGGACUGAGGAUCUGUUUAAUCUCAUAAAGUUAAAAGUCAAUCAGGUCAGUCAGGUGCGCAUCAUCAGUAGAAGUCUUGCGCGGGCAACGGAGCUGCCAUAUACGUUGCAUCCUGCUGCAGCAAGAGCACGACUGGCAUUGACGGAACCUUAUGACAUGGAGGAGCCUUACAUGAAUCCAAUACCGUUCAGAAGCGACGUUAUUCGCAUGGGUUCCGUGAUACCAAAGCGCUCGCCACCUUCUAUGCCACCGCCACCGCCACCGAUCUCUCAAUCCUACCCGUCCUCUCUUUACACCAACAAGGAGGUCUUGUCGUCCAUCUCUAUGGAAAUGAAGCACGACAGUAACAAGAGUCUUGGCAGACUCGAUAAUACGAUAUCCAACAACGGAUGUAUGGAGACCGAGCUGAUGAGCACUCAGUGCGGCAUGGAAGUCAUCAGUCAUGACGCGACAUCGUCGUCGUCGCUGACUAUGGCGCCGUACAUGAACAUAGAGAACUGCAGCAAGUCCAGCUCGCGUUUGUCCACGCAGAGUAGCUCCGAGACGGUUCAAAUCGGCAAAUCGGAAAGUAACGACACGAGCGCAUCCGAUCCCGUUUACAUGAACAUAAAUCCUGGGCAGAAGCAUGUGCAGAACAUCGCUACUAGUAUAAUACAUUAUCAUCGUCGUCCUCCUCCUCCACCACCUCCGUCCACACCCAGCUUGCAUCCGGAUGAAGAAGAGGGUUCCUACGUUAAUCUGAAAACGAGCGAGAUCGAGAGUCUCAGGAGAAGAUUUCCUAGUGCCUCGGUAACCUCGGAGAUAUCGCUCUUGGAUUCGUUUGCAUCGACAGGAUGCCCAAUCGGAAGGGUAAAUUAUGCGAUUCUGGAUCUAGAUAAGAAAGACGUACCUGCCAGCACAUCCGAUAACACGACGACGAAUCCUACGCUAUCGCCGCCUGAAUCUUCGAGUAAGCCGCGAAAGGGCUACGUCACAAUAGACUUUAAGAAAACGGAUGCUCUGGAGAUAAUAAGCCAGUAUUAUAUUUUAGAGAAGCUUAUACAAUACGAUAUUUUUCUUAAGUCCAGGCCCUCUUCAGUGUAAUACAAUGAUACUCGAUAGAAAGAAGAAUCAGUUAUGAAAAGAUAAACUGGAUAUUCGGGAUAUUGCAAAUCAUAACUACGAGCCAUGAGAGAGCGGAAUGGGUUACCAUAAAUCCCUAUGUAUGGCUACAUGCAGAAAGCGUCCAUAUAUUCCAGAGUCACUACUCAUCAACAGCACUUCUUUUGAAAGCAUGAAAUACGGAAAACGAAAAUCAAGAUAAGCAGAAAUAUUAUACAGAGAAACGAGUUUAUCUACGUUACAAAUCGACCGAUGGAUCCACAACGACGAGAAGAGGUCAUCUACGAUAAAAAAUAAGACGCGAGAAAAAUUUAAUAUAUAGAUUUCUUUUUCUUUCGAGAUAAACGUAUCGACAUCUAGUCAUUAAAGUUUAAUUUCAAUUUAGUCACAGGAAUCCAACCAAUAUCAUCAUUACGAUAAGUGUAAAUAGAUAUACUUCUCUUUGCUUUGAACGAAGACGACCAAGCCAAAGUAUCGAAAGAACAAUGUGCGAUUUUUUAAUCAGAGUCAGGGAAUAUUUGAAUUCACGUGACCAUGAUUUUUUUUGUUUGUCAUUCACGAAAAUUAUAUGACUUGAAUCAAUAAUGUUUCUUUUAUUAUUUAGUUGUUUCGAUGCUUUAUACAUCAUAAUGUUAUUUUAUAAAUUGUUAUUAAUACUAAUUGCAUCCAGAUAUCUGAUAUACUGAUAUAACAGUGGCAAUAGAAACAACUAAAUGACAAACUGCUUAAUACACGGUUUUUCUACGUUUUGGUGCGACUGAUUUUUUUUAAUUGUUUAAUUUGUCAUAAUGCACCAUCUCUUGAUGAGUGAUUGCGUUAUAGAGCUUGGAUGAGAUUGACAUAUCAGCUAUAAUCACUCAAACUUUCAAGGCUAACAUGUCUGCGUCAUUAGUUUUGACAUCAAGUAUGACAGAUCUUAUCGAUAGUAUAUUCGUUGAAGAAACAUGCUUACGGAGGAUCAAACAGGUGCCAGAGUGGAGCACUGCAAAGACAUGCUAAGAGUGGCCGAUUCGGAUUUCAUCGUUACUAUUGACAAAACGUAUUGUUUUCAAUAUGAGCCACAGAACGGCAGAAGACAGUGCGCGUGCAGAAGAUUCAAGAUAUUGCUCACCGUUUUCUUCGAUUCGGAAAAGAAUCAUUCACAAGUAAUUUAUACGGGAAGGUCAAAUUCGCCCUGAAUAUCGAGAGCAAGGGUCUUGAUCGCUUCUGCACGAUAAUGCAGACUAGUGCACAAAUCAAAGAUUGUACACAAUUCGCCUGAUUUGGCUCCGUGUGACUUCUGGCCUAAACUCAAGUUGUCGAUGAAAGGAAAGCGUUACGAUAUUAUUCAGGAUAUCCAAAAAA